ACACGAGCUACCAUUUCGCAAUCAAAUCCAAUACCAACACCUAAACUUAUUUAAGGAAUAGUGACACCUACUCAAUGUUCCCUCCAGUUUCUCUCUCUAAACGACUCUUGAGUAAACACCAAACCUCUCUCUCUCUCCAUCGACCAGACCAAAAGCUUCCUCACUGUCAGUUUUUGAAUGCAACAACAAACAUCAAGCGCUAGAAAGAACCAGAGUUUAACAAAAUGUCUAAAACACCCUUUCUACUCCGUUUUGCUGUGAUCGUUUUCUUCAUCUCAUCCUCCUCUGCCGAUCAACGUCUCCACUCUCGCCAAUUACUCCAUCAACCCUUUCACCCCAUCGUCACCUCCGCUCCACCACCGUCCUCUUCCCAACCUCCCUCGUCUUCCCCAAACAAACACCACCACCACAAGAAACAUCCAGCGGCGCCUCCACCGCAAGAUAAACACCUCUUCUCCUCCGUCACAAGCCCUCCACCUCCUCCUCCAACACCGCACUCAAACCCUUUCUUCCCUUCCAACGCCGUUCAUCCCUCACCACCUCCACCAGCCUCAAUCCCCACUUUUCCCGCCAACAUCUCCUCUCUCUUCUUCCCGCCUCACAACUCAUCCAAGCCUCACAACAACCGCCACGUCGCCAAACUCGUCUCGAUAACCGUCUCCGUAGUCUCCUCCUCUGUUCUCCUCUCCCUACUCGUCGUCCUCUUCAUCUUCCUCCGCCGCAACCGCCGCCGCCUCCGCCUCCGCCUCCCCGCGUACAACACCAAGUCCACGAGAUCAGACUCUCUCCACCUCUUCAACGCCUCUCCUUCCGACCAAACUCGAAAACACAGACAUCACAACACUUCAUCCAGCACUUCCUCUGAUUUUCUCUACUUAGGCACUUUAGUUAACUCCCGAAGCGAAGGCUUUGCUCCUCAGAAGUCUCCCGUCGCCGGCGUCUUGGAGUUACCACCAGCUCCGGCUUCUUCCUCUUCUUCCUCUUCUUACUCACACAACAAUAAGCCAGGCUCCCCGGAGCUACGUCCUCUUCCUCCUUUACCCAAGCUUCCAGCUUUCUCUCCCGUUUACCUAAGCCCUGAACAGUUAUUCCCUAAAAGACAAGACCUCGACGGAGAUGAGGAAGAGUUUUUUUCUCCGAGAGGAUCUUCCGGUCGUAAACAGAGCCCACCACGUGCCGUGGAGGAUUUUUGUGUUGUUGUUGACAGGAGUGUCAACGGCUCCAACUCGUGUUCUCCGACGUCGUUUAAUGAUUCUCCUUCGAAACCUAAGUCGCUUAGUCCUCCUCUCUCGCUGCAAAGUCAAAGCAGCUCAAACGACGACGUUUUGAAAAAACCUGGUCCAGCUAGACCGCCACCUCCUCCUCCUUCUCCGCCGCAGUUUAAUGACGUUCCUCCCACCACCACGUCUCUCUCGCCUUCUUCUGACGCAGAGAAGAAAGAGGAGACGAUGAAACCAAAGUUGAAGCCUUUACAUUGGGACAAAGUUAGAGCAAGCUCAAGCCGUGUUAUGGUGUGGGACCAGAUCAAAUCAAACUCUUUUCAAGUGAAUGAAGAAAUGAUAGAGACAUUAUUUAGAGCCAAUGAUCCAAGUUCAAGAACAAGAGAUGUCGGAAACGCAGGCCUUGUUCAAUCUGUUAAUCAAGAGAAUCAGUUUCUUGAUCCAAGAAAGUCACACAACAUUGAAAUCUUGCUUAGAGCUCUUAAUGUAACUGCUGAUGAAGUGUGUGAAGCUCUUCUAGAAGGCAACUCGGAUACGCUUGGACCAGAGCUACUCGAGUGUCUGCUUAAGAUGGCACCUACUAAAGAAGAAGAGGACAAGCUUAAGGAGCUCAAAGAGGAUGAUGAUGAUACUACUUCAAAGAUUGGACCUGCAGAGAAGUUCCUUAAAGCAUUGCUCAACAUUCCUUUAGCCUUCAAGAGGAUUCAUGCAAUGCUUUACAUAGUCAACUUCGAUUCAGAAACCGAGUACCUUAAAAGAUCCUUCCACACACUCGAGGUUGCUUGUACUGAGUUAAAGAACACUAGGAUGUUCUUGAAGCUUCUUGAAGCGGUUCUCAAGACCGGGAACCGGAUGAAUAUAGGGACUAAUAGAGGUGAUGCACAUGCUUUCAAGCUAGACACACUCUUGAAACUGGUGGAUAUCAAAGGGGCUGAUGGCAAAACCACCUUGCUGCACUUUGUGGUUCAAGAGAUUAUAAAAUCCGAAGGAGCUAGAGUUACUUCAACUCCCGCUCAAAGCCCUGUAGGAGAUGAUAUAAAUAUAGCAGAGCAAUCAGCAUUCCAAGACGACCUAGAGCUAAAGAAACUUGGGUUGCAAGUAGUCUCGGGUCUCAGUUCUCAGUUGAUAAACGUCAAGAAAGCUGCUGCAAUGGAUUCAACUUCCCUCAGCAAGGAGAUAGCUGAAAUCUCCAGCGGAAUAACAAAAGUCAAGGAAGUGGUCAUGGAGCUAAAGCAAGAAACUGGUGUAGAGAGAUUCUUGGAGUCAAUGAACUCGUUUUUGGACAAAGGGGAGAAAGUGAUCACCGAGAUACAAUCUCAUGGAAUCAAUGUCAUGAAGAUGGUUAAAGAAGUAACGGAGUAUUUCCAUGGGAACUCGGAUUCUCAUCCGUUCCGCAUUUUUACCGUGGUUAGAGACUUUCUGACGAUUCUUGAUCAAGUGUGUAAAGAAGUUGGUCGUGUAAACGAGAGGAAAGUGUACGGAUCACGACCUUCACCGUCGAACCAGACCGUCACACCGCUGUUUCCGGUGGUUAACAUUAACCACUCAGAGCUGAGUCACGAUGAGGACUCGUUCUAAGUGACAACGAUUGGUUAAAGUAUAUUUAAGUGUUUUGGUUUUGUUUGAUCCUUACUCGAGAACACAUGUUACAUGUACUUAUUAUUUAUGAACAUAUUUAUAUUGAUAGGUGAGAAUUUAUAUGAAAUUUAUUAGAUUUUGGAA